UCUCACCUGAUCCACAACCAUGAAGGAAGUGGUUCAUUUGACAGUAAACAGGAACAAUGAAAUCCAGCCUCAGAUGGAUGAUUCUGCUCAUGUGCAGCUUGGCCGUCUUUAUUUCCUGUGUUUUUAUGGGAUGUUUCAGCAGCAGUGAACAGACAGUAGAGGGCAGCACUGAGCUGACAUGGACGAAGAAAACCACAGAAGAAGAGCAAGGGUUCCCGCCGUUGGAGGCGUGUCCUCUCAGGUCGGCGGUCCAGAGUGAUGUCCUCCUCAGGUCUAGAUUCAGGUUCUCGGUUCCAGUCCUGCAGUGGGUCCAGAGUUUCUCUGCAUCGUCCUUGACGAAGUUGAACCAACGGGCGCCGCCAUAUGGUUGGAAAGGACUUCCUGUUGACGACGUCCGAUCCACCCUCCUCCUCCUCAACAGUCCUCACCUGUUCACCCGUACCUCACCUGAGCGAUGCGUUCGCUGCGCCGUGGUUGGAAACGGGGGAAUCCUGCGAGGCUCAAAAAAGGGCAAAGAGAUCGACGACCACGACUUCGUCUUCAGGAUGAACGGAGCAAUGAUCAAAGGCUUCGAGGAAGACGUGGGGACGAAGACCUCCUUCUACGGGUUCACCACCAACACCCUGAAGAAUGCCCUGAUCCUGUACCGGAGGGACGGGUUCACCAGGAUUCCUCAGAACCCGUCGAUCACAUACGUCUUCAUCCCGUCGAACCUCAGAGAUUAUCUGAUGAUUUCUGCUGCGAUUAAAGGUCGACCCGUCGCCUCCGGACGAGACAAAGGAGACAAACCUUGGAUGUACUUUGGACACAAACCAUCGCAGAACUUCAAGAUUCUGCACCCAGAGUUCAUUUCAUAUGUAACUGACAGUUUCUUUUCGUCUCCUCUGCUGCACAACAUCAGAACCAAACACCUGUACAUGCCCAGCACCGGAGCCCUGAUGCUGAUGACGGCCCUGCACACCUGUGACCAGGUGUCUGCGUAUGGUUUCAUCACUAAAGACUUCGCAUCUUAUUCCGAUCAUUACUUUGACUCGGUGAAGAAGCCACUACAAUUCUUUGCAAACCACGACAUGAAGAUGGAACUACGAGUUUGGGCGUCGCUGCACGAUCGCAAAGUCCUGACGUUGUAUCAGGGACAGACAUGAAUGUUCACGACAUUUCCAAAAGUUCGACUGAAAACAGCGUCGGAAACUUUGGGUUCUUUAAUGAACACGUGUCUCAAAAAGUUUUUAAGAAAAUGUUUCCAAAACCUGCAUUAAUCUGUUCAACUGUGUAUGUAUUUAACAGAUAAAUGUACAAAUGUUGAAUGCAAACACAGGAGUUUAUUGUUGUUGUUAUUGUUUAUUGUAUGUUUUAAUGUUUCCAAAGACCAUUUAAUCACAUUAUGUAUAUGUUUUUAUAUAAUAUAAUUUCUAAUCAUUCCUCAUUUCCAUCAAACACUGAACCUUUAGUUUCCUUAUUUCUUUCUUCUUUUUGUCAUAAAUGUGGUGAACUAUUCCAAAAGUGCAUUUAUCUGUUGAAAAUGGGUUCAGUUGAAUGGUCACAGAUCCACACGAACCUGGGUCACAUGAAAACCUGGUUCUGUUGAACUUUUAUAAGUUAAAUAAAGUUUCAUUUAUGAUAAAAACACUGUCUGUUUAAUGUUUGUAAACAGUUGUUGGAUCUGCACCAGUGCAUCAUGGUCCGUCUGGUCACUGUAACGUCAGCGUCCUGUCAGAACC